AUGCUUAUGGCACGACAUAGUCACACAGCAUCAAAACUAAUCAAUGGAAAAGUUUUGGUUGCGGGUGGUGAAUGUUUUGAUAACUCUUCAAACAGUGCAGAACUGUAUGAUCCAAUAACUGGACUUUGGACAAAGACUGGUAACAUGAUUAGUGCCCGAUUCUCGCACACAGCAUCAAUACUAAGCAAUGGAAAAGUAUUGGUUGCCGGCGGAUACGAAUUUGAUGACUUUUCAAAUACUACAGAACUGUAUGAUCCAACAACUGGACUUUGGAAAAAGACAGGUAAAAUGAUUAAUGUCCGAUCUUCGCAUACAGCAUCAAUACUAAACAAUGGAAAGGUAUUGGUUGCUGGCGGAUACGACUUUAAAGACUUUUUAAACAGUACAGAAUUGUAUGAUCCAAUAACUGGACUUUGGACAAAGACUGGUACCAUGACUACCGUCCGAUACUUGCACACAGCAUCAAUACUAACCAAUGGAAAAGUAUUAGUUGCUGGUGGCUAUGGGUUUAAUGGUCCUUUGAAUAGUGCAGAGUUGUACGAUCCAGCAACUGGAAGUUGGACAAAGACUGGUACCAUGACUACUGUCCGAUACUCUCACACAGCAUCAAUACUAACUAAUGGAAAAGUAUUGAUCACUGGUGGUUAUAACUCUAAUGGCUAUUUAAAGAAUUCAGAGCUCUAUGAUCCAGCAACUGGAUUUUGGACUCAGACUGGCAAUAUGAUUACUGCACGACACUAUCACACAGCAUCAACACUAAGUAAUGGAAAAGUGUUAGUUGCUGGCGGAAACGGACUUCAUGGCUAUUUAAAUAGUGCAGAGUUGUACGAUCCAGCAACUGGACUUUGGUCUCAGAUUGGCAGCAUGAAUACUGAACGAUAUUUUCAUACGUCAACGAUACUUGAUAACGGAAAAGUUCUAAUUGCUGGUGGAAUAAGCAGUAACAGUGAUUAUCUAUCUAGUACAGAAAUAUAUGGAUAA